GCGAGGCGAGGCGACGAUGGUCGGGGAGAGUAGAGGGGAGAGAUUCCCGCAAAAGAGGCACAAUUUACAUGAUUUCUGGAGGGCAAUGGAUGGCAAUUUAAACAACGCACGAAAGGAGCAUGUGCGAGCCAGCAAGCGCAAGAGGGAAGAGGUUGGGAUAAUUGGUCGAAUGUCAGUGAUCAACUUUCAAGCGGAGGAUGUCGAGGGGAUUUUAUUGCCCCACAACCAUGCGCUGGUGAUCACGGCGAAGGGUGCAGGUUUUGACGUAAAGAGGGUAUUCAUGGACACAGAAAGCUCGAUUGAUGUGAUGUUCUAUGACUGUUUCGCUCAGAUCAACAAACAUUUGAAUCUGGAAUUGAAGCCGAUGGUGACGACUUUAUAUGGCUUUAAUGGAGGUGAGGUAAUGUCGAUGAGCAAGGUGAGUUUAACCGUGGCGUUAGGGUCAGGUGAUACAAGGAAGGUGAGGAUGGUGCGAUUCAUGGUG